ACAGCAUGAAGGGACUCUUCAAGAGCUUAACGCUUUCUCUGCCAUUGAGUCUCGUUGCCCUCUCUCAUGCGCAAGAGACACAAUGGCCACUGAGAAGCAACGGACUUACCGACUUGGUUGAGUGGGAUCACUAUAGUUUCAAGAUCAAUGGAGAACGUUUGUUCAUCUGGUCUGGAGAGAUGCAUUACUGGAGAAUUCCUGUACCUGAACUAUGGGUUGACGUCUUGCACAAGGUCAAAGCUGCUGGACUUUAUGCCGGAUGGNGAUUCCAUGCUCCACGUGAUGGGAUCGUUGACUUCGAAUCUGGUGCGCACAACAUCACCAUUUUGUUCGAGACUUGCAAAUCGCUUGGUCUAUAUAUAUUCUAUCGUCCUGGACCAUACAUCAACGCAGAAAGUACUGGUGGUGGUUUCCCUGGUUGGGUUACAACUGGUGCCUACGGGUCUCUUCGUAACAACGAUACGAGAUACACCGAAGCCUGGAAGCCUUAUAUCGAGACUAUCAACGGUAUCAUCGCUGAGCACUCGAUUGCCAACGGCGGCAAUGUCAUCUUCUACCAGGUCGAGAAUGAAUACGGCUACCAAUGGACGAACACUGCUCUCAGAACUCCUAACGAGACCGCAAUCCACUACAUGGAGAUUCUUGAGACUGUUGCGAACGAUACUGGUAUCAACAUGCCCACUGUACACAACAACCCCAAUCUAGGAAGCAAAUCUUGGUCCAUGGACUACGACAUCAACCAUGUUGGCGGCGAUACUUGGCUGUACGCCGUCGAUAACUAUCCUUCAUGCUGGAGCUGCAAUCUCCAGGAGUGUGCCUCUACCAAUUCCCCGGCUCCAGACUUCACUGUUCUUGAUUACCACACCCACUUCCAAGAGACAGCACCAGGAGAUCCUUCAUUCUUCGCUGAAUUUCAGGGCGGUUCUUAUAACCCUUGGGAUGGCCCUGCUGGUGGCUGCAGAAACAAUACAGGCCCUGAUUGGGUGAAUGUGUUCUACCGAAACAACAUUGCUCAGAAAGUCACUGCUCAUAACAUGUACAUGCUGUACGGCGGAACCAACUGGGGUGCCCUUGCCUUCCCACUAGUCGGUACUAGUUACGAUUACUCUGCUCCUAUUCAGGAGGAUCGUCUCAUAGGCGACAAAUAUUCCGAGGCGAAGCUGCUCGGCUACUUCAUCAGAUCUGCCAAGGACCUUCCUCUCAUCGAGAGAGGUACUAAUGGUACAAAUCUCACCACCAACUCCAAUGUCUUCACUCAGGUUCUUUACAACGUCGAGAACAGUGCUCAGUUCUAUGUUGUCAGACAUGCAAACACAACACUACAGACAUCUCUCUCCUUCAAGCAAAACAUGACAACCUCUCUUGGAGAGUUCCAAGUCCCUCAGCAUGCUGCUGAUAUUCGCAUCGAUGGCAGAGAAUCCAAGAUCCUCGUCUCGGACUACAACGCUGGCGAACAAAAGAUCAUUUACUCUACUGUCGAGGUUUUAGCUGUGUCCGUACAGAAUGGUAAGCCCAUCAUCGUUUUCUGGGUUCCGACUGGAGAAAGCGGCGAAUUCUACCUCAAGGGCGCCCAGCAUGGCAGUGUUAAGCAAUGCAACGGGUGCUCUAGCGUUGGUUUCUACCAAACUAAAGAUGGUGUCAUUACCAGUUUUGCACAAGGCUCGGGCAUGAGCGUCUUUCAAUAUGGCAACGGUGUGACUGCGAUUGUCGUCGAUAGAUCACAUGCCUACAAGCUCUGGCACACAACCCUAACAAAUGACCCCCAUGUGCCUCUGGACAAGACCGCGUUGGUCGUUGGACCGUAUCUCGUCCGGAGCGCUGAGAUCGAUGGUGAAACUCUUGCUCUAGUUGGCGACUACAAUGGGACGACACCUCUCGAGGUCUUUGCUGCAGGUGUGAAGAAUGUCACUUUCAACGGCGAGUGCGUCUCCGUCAAAGCUUCUGGCUAUGGCAGUCUCAAGGGAGAGCUAUCCCAGGACAAAGUCACUGUAGACUCAUUGACUGCCACGCUUCCUGCACUAUCUCAGUGGAAGGUUGCAGAUGGACUUCCCGAGCGCGAGGCUGACUACGAUGACUCGAGAUGGGUUGAUGCCAACCAUACAACCACACCUCAUUGGGAAAAGCCUGCGACUAACUNNUUUGUUCUGUAUGCCGAUGAGUACGGCUUCCAUGGAGGUAACAUUCUUUGGCGUGGACGCUUCAAAGGCACAAGUAGUGGCAUUUUCCUGAACGUCAUUGGUGGUACUGGUAGUGGUUGGUCUGCUUGGCUGAACGGCAAAUUCAUUGGUUCGACUUUUGGUGACAUCAAGCUUGCGCAAACCAACCAGACACUCAAGUUCGGCGAUGCUGUUAAGAGUGGAGAGAACGUCCUGUUCAUCAUUCAAGACCACAUGGGCAAAGACCAGACUACCGGCGCUAUCAACCCUCGUGGUAUCUUGAACGCUACCCUGGCCGAUGGUGCCAAGUUCACUUCGUGGAAGGUAGCAGGCAAGGCCGGUGGUGGCGACAACAUCGAUCCUAUCCGUGGACCUUAUAACGAAGGUGGUCUACAUGCUGAACGUCUCGGCUGGCAUUUACCUGGCUUUGACGACAGCGAGUGGGCUUCUGGUUCGCCUUCCACUGGUCUCAGCACCGCAGGUGCAAACUUCUACCGCACAGCACUUCCUUUGGAUCUACCCAAGGGUCAUGACGUCUCGCUUGCUUUCAACCUCCAUGCGUCGAAGAGCUCGAAGCUUAGAGCCCAACUCUACGUCAACGGAUACCAGUUCGGCAAGUUUGUUCCGUACAUCGGCAAUCAGGUAGAGUUCCCAGUCUUCCCUGGUAUCUUGGAUUAUCAUGGCAACAACACUAUCGGUCUGUCGAUCUGGUCUCAGGAUAAUGUCGAAGCGAGCGUGUCUGUUAGUGUGAGUGUGCUUGGGGUGCACACUUCAGGAUUCGAUGUUGGCUUUGAUUCGAGCUAUCUCAGGCCUGGAUGGACGGAAGAGAGGCUGCAAUACUAU